AUUUGCAUGGAAAUUUAAUAUCUAAUAACUUGAAAAUUUCAAUUCUUGUUUCAGGGAAAUAAACUUAAAUCUCUAAUUUCGGUUCAGUGUAGAUAGGUAAUUUGAGAAUAGCAGACAGUAAACUGUCUUAAUUAUCAAAGCUCUCUUGGUUUUAAUACCUUUUUUGAUAUUCUAGCCAUUUUCACAGACACUGUUAGGAAACACUUGGUCAAACAUUGAGUGACUCUCUUGAAAUUCAGGGCCUUGCAUUCAUUUAAUACUAGUAGUCUCCCAAACACAGCACUUACCUACAAAAUAUAGAACUGUGUCUGUGUAAAUCAAUUUUCUAUAUAUUCUUGGCAACUGUACCAUACACGUGCAUAGUAGUACAUAUAUAGGUGUUACUCGUGGCAAUGGUUACAUAUUUGUUCCUAUUUGAGGCCUGUAAUAUUAGUCCUUCCCAUAAGUAGAGAAGUCUAAAGCUAGUAUAAGACAUCACUGACUUGAACAAAAGCAACACAUGUUUUAGCACUAUUGAUAAGGUUGGGCUAAUUGUCUCUUAAACUGGCAGUUUAGUUUUGGUUAUUUCAAAUUCCAUAUAGCUCUGAAAAAUGUUCUACAAAUUAGCAUAGUUAUAUAGUUUUACACAUUUGGAGUUCUAGCGAAACAAAAAUUAUGUUAAACCUUGCUUCAGACACCUUUGAUAAGCCCUUCCCUAAAAGCAUGUAUGUGUGUAACCUUGAUAUGGUGCUAGUUUUUAAGGGCAAUUAAAAUGUUUAAUUUUUUUGUAGGGGGAGCGGGUGACUUGAAAUUGCUAUACCUGGUGCAUCAUUUUUACAGAUAGAAAAGUGUCUUUAUAAUAACAGUAAAGCACACAAUUUUCCCUUGUCCCUUCAAAUGUCAUAUACUUUAUCUGAGAGGCUAAAGCUAAACAAAAUAUUUUGUUUGAUGUCUUUAAAUCACCCACACUAACAAAUAUUGAAGUAUGUACCUCUAAAGACGGUUUCUAAGAACAAUGGGUGAUGUCACAAAACAUGUACUUCAAUACAUAAGCAUAACUGGACUAAGCUAAACAGUUUGACACAGCCUAAAAGAGAUGCUGUCAAUUGACAGGCUCAAAAUAUGAUGGGGUAUUCAUCUGUUUCAGCAUCCGUUGGCUCACAAGAAUGAAGCUGGCAGGGAGAGAGGAGAGAUGUCGCACCAUGCGCACAUUCUCAUCACUUAAUGUAUGCAAGUGCAAAUCCAACAAAUCUAGCAUCAUGCUUGAUAUUUGGUGGGGUUGCCUAGCCUAGGAUCUUAGAUUUUGAUAUGAUUGUAAAUCUAGUCUUGGUUUAUUUAGAAUAUGUUCUGUGGUUGUCUUGGCAAUUUGUAAUUUGAUACUUUUAACUGCUGCUAAUAUGACUGGGGUAGGGUGACCAGAUAUCCUGAUUUUAUAGGGACAGUCCUGAUAUUCGGGGCUUUUACUUGUAUAGGAGCCUAUUACGCCCCACCCCCAUCCUGAUUUUUCACACUUUCUAUCUGGUCACCCUAAACCUGGGUCUGUUAGUUAGUCCCUGAAAUGGGGGUGAAGGGGGAGGGGGGGGGAGAGAAGAUUUAUCAACAGGCUUUUAGCUAAAGCAGCUCUCUUUCUUGGGUGGCCGUUGAGGUAUUUGCACCAACAGCCUGUAGUCUUAAACUGGAGGGCAAUGAUAGUAGGGCAUGUUUGGGAGGAUUUGAGUUUUUUUGGAUGGCUUAAUUCCUUUGUUGGCAUUGAGUCAACUAGUGACCUGUGAAUUAAUGAAUUUUGUGUUUUACCCUUGUCUACAGGAGUAUGUAGUUCGCAUGAAGCUGAGGUGUAAAUCUGCCCCAUGCUAGCCUGCCACACACUAACAGUUCCUUAGUGCACUUUGACCUACCCUGCUUUGGAACAGGAGUAGAUCAGAGUGCACUGAGGAACUGUUAGUGCAUGUCAGCAGUGUGCAGCAGGCUAGUAGAUUCACACUCCAGGUUGAUGCUAACUAAAUUUAUGUUGGCAAGCCCUGAGGAAAGUAUUUGAACCACACGCUCUUACAAACUGGUAUGUUCAAUGUUGUAAUAUUUGAAGCUGGCAGUUCUUCCAUUAUCUCAUUUGAAUUGUUGUGGUGAAUAGUUCUGCUUUUUUGCUUUCUGAUACAAGCUUUUUAUCUUUCAGAUUUCUUUUGAUGGCAUCUAUGCAAACAUGAGAAUGGUUCACAUACUUACAUCAGUUGUUGGAUCCAAAUGUGAAGUACAAGUGAAAAACGGAGGUGUAUAUGAAGGAGUUUUUAAAACCUACAGUCCUAAGUGUGAUUUAGUGCUUGAUGCUGCUCAUCGAAAACCUGCAGAAUCCAGUCUGGGGCCAAAACGGGAAGACAUAUUAGAGAGUAUCUUGUUCAAGUCUUCAGAUUUUGUUAUGGUGCAGUUUAAAGAUAUGGACACCAAUUAUGCAAGGAGAGUUCCUUCAGAAACAGAUGCUUUUACUGAUUCAGCCAUUGGUGUUAAAGUAAAUGGUGAACACAAAGAGAAGGACCUUGAACCAUGGGAUGGGGGCGAGACCACUACCACUGAGGAGCUUGAGGCUUUAGAGACAGAUGUUUCUAAUGGAUGGGAUCCUAAUGACAUGUUUCGUUACAAUGAAGAAAAUUAUGGCAUAGUAUCAACUUAUGACAGCAGUUUAUCUUCGUAUACGGUGCCCUUAGAGAGGGAUAAUUCAGAAGAAUUUUUAAAACGGGAAGCAAGAGCAGCUCAAUUAGCGGAAGAAAUUGAAUCAAGUGCCCAGUACAAAGCUCGGGUUGCCUUGGAAAACGAUGACCGGACAGAAGAAGAAAAAUAUACUGCUGUUCAGAGAAAUUCAAGUGAACGAGAAGGACAUGGUGUGAACACUAGGGAAAGCAAGUAUGUUCCAACUGGACAACGAAAUAGAGAUGUUCUGUCCUGGGGAGGAGGCAGACAAAAUUCACCAAGGAUGGGCCAGUCUGGAUCGGGCCCCUCAAUUUCAAGAUCUGGAUCCCAUACUUCAGACUUUAGUCCUAAUUCUGGAGCAGACCAAAGAGUAGUUAAUGGAGGUGUUCCCUGGCCAUCGCCUUGCCCAUCUCCUUCCUCUCGCCCACCUUCUCGCUACCAGUCAGGUCCCAACUCUCUUCCACCUCGGGCAGCCACCCCUACAAGGCCGCCCUCCAGGCCCCCCUCGCGGCCGUCCAGGCCCCCGUCUCACCCCUCUGCUCAUGGUUCUCCAGCUCCUGUCUCUACUAUGCCUAAACGCAUGUCUGCAGAAGGGCCACCACGGAUGUCUCCUAAGGCACAACGGCACCCUCGAGGUCACAGAGUCUCUACUGGUAGGGGUACAAUUUCAAGUGGCUUAGAAUUUGUAUCUCAUAAUGCACCAGGGGAAGCAUCUACUUCUACAGUGGCACGAGGCAGCCCAUCAGGUGGGACGUGGUCAUCAGUUGUCAGUGGGGUUCCAAGAUUAUCCCCUAAAACACACAGGCCUAGGUCACCAAGACAGAGCAGUGUUGGAAGUACUCCAGCUGGGCCAGCUCUGUCCUCUCCGCAAGCUGGUACUAUUCCUACUGAAUCAGUUGCCAUGCCUGUCCCAGCUGCAUCUCCCACACCUGCCAGUCCUGCAUCCAAUAGAGCAGUUACCCCAUCCAGUGAAGCUAAAGAUUCCAGGCUUCAGGACCAGAGGCAGAACUCUGCAGCUGGAAACAAGGAAAAUGCUAAGCCAAGUGAGAUUUCUCCUAGCUUUCCUAAAUCUGAAAACAAAGGUGUAUCUUCAGCUGCUUCAGAACACAGAAAACAGAUUGAUGAUUUAAAGAAAUUUAAGAAUGACUUUAGGUUACAGCCAAGUUCCACCCCAGAGACUGUGGAUCAACUGCUAAACAAAAAUCGAGAAGGUGAAAAAUCCAGAGAUGUGAUUAAAGAGAAAACAGAAUCAAACUCUAAAGAAUCUGUCAUUGAAACCAGCAGUAAUGCGAACUCUAACAGUGGCAGUAGCAAAUCAAAUAGUCCCAGUAUUUCUCCAUCAACUAGUAGUAGCUCUGAGCAGAAGCGAGGGCCAGAGGUAACCUCUCAGGGUGUACAGACAUCUGGACCUGGAAGUAAACAAGAUAAAGAGGAUAAAGAAGAGAAGAAAGAUACCUCUGAGCAAGUUAGGAAAUCAACACUUAAUCCCAAUGCAAAGGAGUUCAACCCUCGAUCUUUUGCUCAACCCAAGCCUUCUACUACACCAACCUCACCUCGUCCACAAGCUCAGCCUAGCCCUUCUAUGGUGGGUCAUCAACAGCCAACUCCUGUGUAUACUCAGCCUGUUUGUUUUGCACCAAAUAUGAUGUACCCGGUCCCAGUGAGCCCAGGCGUGCAGCCUUUGUAUCCUAUUCCCAUGACUCCCAUGCCAGUGAACCAAGCCAAGACCUAUAGAGCAGGUAAAGUACCAAAUAUGCCACAACAACGCCAAGACCAGCAUCAUCAGAGCACCAUGAUGCAUCCUGCCUCAGCCGCAGGCCCCCCUAUUGUAGCUACACCACCAGCCUAUUCAACACAGUAUGUUACCUAUAGUCCUCAACAGUUCCCUAAUCAGCCUCUUGUGCAACAUGUGCCACAUUAUCAGUCUCAGCAUCCUCAUGUUUAUAGCCCUGUAAUACAGGGUAACACUAGAAUGAUGGCACCACCAACACAUGCACAGCCUGGUUUAGUAUCUUCUUCAGCAACACAGUAUGGUGCGCAUGAGCAGACGCAUGCUAUGUAUGCAUGUCCCAAAAUACCAUACAGCAAGGAGACAGGUCCUUCUUUCUACUUUGCCAUUUCUACUGGUUCACUUGCUCAGCAAUAUGCCCACCCAAAUGCUACCCUGCAUCCACACCCUCCUCAUCCGCAGCCUUCUGCUACGCCAACAGGACAGCAGCAAAGUCAACAUGCUGGAAGCCACCCUGCUCCCAGUCCAGUGCAGCAUCACCAGCACCAGGCUGCUCAGGCACUCCACCUGGCAAACCCACAGCAGCAGUCAGCAAUGUACCAUGCUGGUCUUGCUCCAACCCCCCCUUCCAUGACACCAGGCUCCAAUACGCAGUCUCCACAAAAUAGUUUUCCAACAGCACAACAAACAGUCUUCACUAUUCAUCCUUCCCAUGUUCAGCCUGCAUAUACCAAUCCGCCACACAUGGCCCAUGUACCCCAGGCUCAUGUACAGUCAGGAAUGGUUCCUUCUCACCCAACUGCCCAUGCUCCAAUGAUGCUAAUGACGACACAGCCACCUGGUGGUCCCCAAGCCGCCAUCGCUCAAAGUGCACUACAGCCCAUUCCAGUCUCGACAACAACACAUUUCCCCUAUAUGACGCACCCUUCAGUACAAGCCCACCACCAACAGCAGUUGUAAGGCUGAUCUGGAGUAACAAAGGCUGGACACCUUUUGUAGGCCAAAUACCUUCCUUCCACUGCUUCUGCCAACUGGAAGCACAGAAAACUAGAAUUUCAUUUAUUUUGUUUAAAAAAAAAAUUGAUUUCUUGUAACAUCCAAUAGGAAUGCUAACAGUUCAUCUUGCAGUGGGAGAGAUUCGGAC